CGUGAGCCUGUUUGCGACGAAAUUUCGUUCUCUUUCAUUCAUUCCAAUCGUUUAUCACUUAUCACCACUACCAAUAUCACCCUCAAGCGAAGCCCCUUUGCAGCAGAAGGAGACCCCGUUCUACCACCUCAGUUUGAUUUUAUACGUAUUGGUUAUUUUGUUGGCUAGGAAUCAUGGAAGUGGAGAUGGAAAAUACUACAUCGAAUGUUACUGCAGAAUCCUCUAUACCAACCUCUGAUGGUCAAAAUCCGAUUUCUCCGGUCAAUGCAACAACAUUGCCUCAUCCAAUACAACCUAUUUUACCACCAGUUAUUCCACCUUCUGUUGUACCUCCUCUAGCUCCAAUCCCUACAAUUCCUCCCUCUCUUGCUGUCCGGCCACUGGCUCCACUUCCAGUUCAGCCACCAGUUAUUAGGCCACCUGUGCCACAAAAUGGCGAGGUUGGAUCAAGUGAUUCUGAUUCAGAUCAUGAUGGCUCGGACACCAGAAUUAACCAGGGUACAGGGGAGUAUGAGAUAUCGCAAGAGAGUAGACUGGUAAGAGAGCGGCAGGAAAAAGUAAUGCAAGAACUCAUGAUGAGGAGGCGUUCUGCUGCUGUCACUGUUCCUACAAAUGAUAUGGCUGUGCGAGCUCGUCUUCGCCAUCUUGGUGAGCCCGUAACUCUCUUUGGUGAGAGGGAGAUGGAGAGAAGAGACAGGUUGCGGAUGAUUAUGGUAAAGCUAGAUGAUGCUGAUGGACAACUUGAAAGGCUGAUGAAAGCUCUUGAGGAUGAAGAGGCUGCAGCUUCUGCUCCAAAAGAUGAGGCUGAUGAAGAACUGCAAUAUCCUUUUUACACUGAAGGGUCAAAGUCUCUCCUAGAUGCCAGAAUUGAUAUUGCUAAAUAUUCUUUAGUAAGGGCAGCAUUGCGUAUUCAACGUGCCCAGAGAAAAAAAGAUGAUCCAGAUGAAGAUACGGAUGCAGAGAUGGAUUUGGCAUUGAAACAGGCUGAUAAUCUGAGUCUUGAAUUCAGUGAAAUUGGAGAUGAUCGGCCACUUUCAGGUUGCUCCUUCUCACGCGAUGGAAAAUGGCUUGCUACUUGUUCUCUAACUGGAUCUGCCAAGUUGUGGAGCAUGCCUAAAGUAAGAAAAUUUUCUACCUUUAAGGGGCACACCGAGCGUGCUACUGAUGUUGCUUAUUCACCUAUGCAUAAUCAUAUAGCAACUGCCUCUGCUGAUCGGACUGCUAGGUAUUGGAAUGAUCAAGGAUCCCUUUUGAAGACAUUUGAGGGUCAUCUUGACCGUCUUGCACGCAUUGCCUUCCAUCCAUCAGGGAAGUAUCUUGGCACUGCUAGCUUUGACAAGACAUGGAGAUUGUGGGACAUAGAAACAGGAGAGGAGUUGCUUCUUCAAGAAGGCCAUAGUAGAAGUAUAUAUGGUUUAGCUUUCCACCACGAUGGAUCAUUAGCUGCAUCUUGUGGACUGGAUGCUCUGGCUCGUGUUUGGGACCUCCGAACUGGGAGAAGUAUUCUUGCACUGGAAGGUCAUGUCAAGCCGGUUCUCGGCAUCAGUUUUUCACCUAAUGGAUACCAUUUAGCCACGGGUGGUGAAGACAACACUUGUCGCAUUUGGGAUUUGAGGAAGAAGAAAUCCUUGUACACCAUUCCUGCUCACUCUAAUUUAAUAUCACAAGUUAAAUUUGAGCCACAAGAGGGUUACUUUUUAGUAACUGCCUCAUAUGACAUGACAGCUAAGGUUUGGUCAGCCCGUGACUUUAAGCCUGUGAAGACACUAUCUGGGCAUGAAGCAAAAGUUACUUCUCUGGAUGUUCUUGGAGAUGGCGGGUAUAUUGUUACUGUCUCCCAUGAUCGCACCAUAAAGCUGUGGUCCAGCAACAUGACUAGUGAACAAGCUAUGGAUGUUGAUUAAGCUACUUUGAUGGGACGCCAUUUAUUAAAGGACUUUGGUGGUGGGAAUUAGAUUCAUCAGUUUUGUUAGAAACAGCAGCGUAGCCUGAUUGUGUAGCUUGGAUUUUUAGUGAUUAUAUAUUACAUUGGAAAGAUUUCAUUUGCUUGUUGUAUCACAAAUCAAGUCCCCCAACUAAUUCCGCAGUUGAGUGACUGAAACUAAAGGUUGAAAACAGGAAAAAUACUAUUAUUCUGUCACUUGAUUCAGCAAUGGGUAAA